AUGGUGACGGCGACAGUGUACUGUGCGCCUGCGCCGCUUCGGUACCUCGCACUCGCUGUCUACAGCCUCGGCAGUCUGCUUGGACUCUAUAAGGCAAUGCGCGCAUGGUCUCCGUGGGAGCGGCGGCUGUGCUUCGCGGCUCCGUUCUGCAUGCGCGUGCUGCUGGCCGGCGCGCGCGCAGCCCGCCUUGGGGGCGGCGACCCGCACGCUAUACUGCACGUCUUUUUGCAGGGUCUAAGCCUCCGUGGGGGCGUUCCUCCGCACGACUCUCUGGACCUAGCAGAGAGCGGGGCGGAGAAACAAGGGCGGCGCUCGUUGUGCACUCACCCUGCCAAUGAGUAG